AUGAAACUUAUAGUAUGUAACGAACUUCAAAGUAUAGAUACAACAAAAGUUUUGAACUCAGAUGCUUUGAAGAGUCUUAUAACAGACAAAGUUGGAGUUGUUGAAAGAAAAUAUAAAGACCAAAGAGUUUGUGAAAAUGUUGCAAACUUCGUUAUGGUUUCAAACAAUGCUGUUCCGAUGAAGUUAGAAAGUUCUGACAGAAGAUAUGUAGUUGUCAGAACGUCAGAAGCUCAUAUGCAAGAUACAGAAUAUUUUGACGCUUUGUCAGAAACUUUGACAUCUGACUUUUACAACCACUUGUUCUCAUAUUUUAUGACAUUAGAUAUUUCAAAGUUCAAUCCAAGACAAAUUCCACAUACCGAAGAGAGACAAACAUUGUUAGAAGCAAACAAGAGUGUAUAUGAACUGUUCAUAGAUGAAACUGACUUUGUGUCAUUAGAUGAAAGGUCAUUGUACGAUUCGUAUAAACAAUAUUGUCAAGAAUAUGGUUAUAUGACAGCGUCUAAACGAACAUUCUUGGCAAAUGUCAAAAGUCUUUUAGAUGUUCAGAAUGGUGUAUAUACAAAGAAAAAUUUUUCUGAGUAA